AUGGGUCAACAGCGGCUGAUAACCGAAAUCCUCCACCCAAACUCUACCGCCAAACAAGACCCUUCACCCGCCUCACCCCAAUCCGGGAGAAUCAUACCGCCACGAAAGUGCAAAGCCUCAUCGCGUCACAAUCUCGAAAGUGGCACAUCUCCCUUCCUCACACUCCCACCCGAGAUCCGCCUCCAAAUCUACCGUCUCCUCCUCGUCUCCAAUGCCCACGCCGAACUUCACUACUGCACCUCUAAAAAGUUCCGUCUCAUCCCCAAAGAACCAUGGGAUUGUCCUCUUGAAAUUGAUCCGAAAAUCUUACUCACAUGUCGGAUUAUUAAUAGAGAAGCUACGCCGGUCUUGUACUCGGAAAAUGUCUUUCGAAGAGGUUAUUGCUGGCCGCGCCGCUAUGCUGUUGGGCGAGGGCGCAGGAUGUGGCCGAUUUGUGAUACGUCGCCUGUAAGCAAGGUUAAUUUCGCUUAUAUCUCACGAUUACACCUUUUUCGAGAUUACGAUCACUGGUUCUCCGACGGAAAGCUCAAGAUCUUUAGUGAAAUUCCGAACUUGAAAGAUCUGGAUAUUCACAUUGAUCAAAACGACUGCGCUGAUGGGAUCAACAUGAGCGGGCUUCACUGCCAAACCCUCAAAGCAAUGUCCCAAGAUCUCCGGUCUUUCAAGAUGGAAAUCCGUCUUGACUUCAGCGAGAAAGCACAUACAGACUGGCUAGCAAAAUGCGAAGACCGCAAGACGGAAAACUUUAGUAUUCACCUAGACAAGAAACGCGCGCUGGAGACAUGGUUCGAACACGAGGGGUUGUUUACUGAUAGAUCACUUUUAUGGCGUUUCAAGACGCAGCGCUCAGAGUGGUGCGGGCCGUCGUGUUACAUCAGUUUCGCUUUUGAUUCCAAGCGCAAGGAGUGUGAGUUUAUCGAUUUGGAGGUCUGGGAUGAUAGUGACGGGAAAUUCGGGAAGUUGAAGACUUCCGAGGAGAAUGCGAGUUCGUUGGUUUUAAGGGAAUAA